GACCACAUCACAUCAGAUCACACGCCCAUCCAGCAGCUACACAACCAAUUUCAGCAGCAGGACACGUACAAAUCUCCCACCAUGAGCGAGACGACCGUGUUCAACGUGGGGAUGACUUGCGACGGUUGCGCCAACGCAACGAAGAGAAUCCUGAGCAAGAUGGAAGGCGUGUCGGCGGUGGAGGCGGACGUGUCUGCCAAGACAGUGACAGUGUCGAGCGAUGGAUCCACGACGAAGCAGGCCAUGCUGGACGCCUUGCUCAAGUGGUCCGCGGCCAGCGGCAAGAGCGUCGAGCUCGCCAGCUAGAAGAACCCUCUUCUUUGUUGCGGUUAUUGUGUCGGAACCACUUGUUGGCUUUGCGCGGAUGAAGAAAACUUUGCCAUGGUUGGCCGACUGUAUUUUGUAGGUGUCAGGCGUGGCGGCGCGGAGCCUAGGGUGGCGGGGCAGGGUUGUAUUUUUUGGGCGUUGUAAAUUGGAGGGCAUCAUCCCUGUCUCGGCUGGAGAACCACUUUCGUGUCGUUGUUUGCUGCUGCUGCAGGCGUGUGUUGACGUGGGUUCGCGCGCACGGCGAUAGCGGUUGGGGUCGUGGAAGCGUUCUUGUGUGUGGGAACCGCGGAGAACACCGAACAAUUCACCGGGACGAUAACAUCUCGAAUAUGUGCCGAACACACCAGUGUAUCGAUUCGGAGGGAACUGCUUGGAUGUCGAAUGUACAGUGUGAAGUGCUCAGCGCCGCAUGACCGGAGGUUUGGUCUUCACGAAGAAAGCAGUGGUCGAAGCUGCUGCUUACAUCGAACGGGGUUGUCGUGGAAGUCUAAGUGCACGUAGAAAAAAUCAAGAGACAACUCCCCGUCGGGAGGCUGGCGUCUUUGUUUCACCCCUCAUGAAGACCUUCCCUGGUGCCCAGCUGACGUCCCAUGACCGCUGUCGUAGCAGGCACAAGUCGCCCCGAGAAGAGGGUUUGGAGUAACGGCGGACGGCAACAACAAUGCGACACUUUGCAUCAUCAGGGGGCCCUGUGUUGCCUGUGCGUCGAGUC